CCUCGGCCCCUUCUGUGUGUGUGCGGUGGGUGUGGGGUAUGGGCAGGACUGAAGGCUGGGGAGGAGGGGGGCCAUUCCUGGGUGGCAGCAUGUUGUGAGGUGGUGGCCCCCUGGUGGGGCAGUCAGUGUCACACCUCUGGUCCCAUCAUUCAGGACAUGGAGGUGCGUGUUGGGACCAGGUACUUCCACCCACGUGUUAGUCCUGAGCCCAGGGUAUGUCCUCUCCUUCCCUUACUGACCAGUCAUAUGCAGAUGGCCCUGUGUGCCUGAUGUCAGGGGCAGGGACUGAGGCCCACAUUUCCCCAAGGGGAGGUCCAGGCAGCCCCGGGUGGCACCUCCCAAGCUACUAGGCGCUAGCUUUUCGGAGCUCCACCCUGGGGAGCAUGGAGGAGCUGGUGGAUGGAUUCACCUACUCCAUCUCUCUAGGCCCGGGGCAGGCUGUCUACACUCAGGACCCCAUUCCAAACCUGGCAGCCUGCCAGGGCCCUCCCAGGGCUUCCCCACGAGAGUGGUCGACAGUCCCACUCCAGAGGGCCUGGAAUCUCAUUCCCUGGGGGCACCCCUUCCCUCUCCUUGAUCGCACCCCAGAGGGCUGGAGACUCUCGGGUGAGUUGCAAACCUCCCUCGUCCUGGUGGUUCCUGGGUUUCCCGCUGACGAUAGUCCCCCUGCCCCCUUCAGCAUGAAGAGGAGUCAACUCUCCGUGGCAAUAAGGUCCGCAGGCGGAGGGCUCCCUGGACAGGUGUGAGGAAGAAAUGGAGAAUGAGGACGGCACGAGAGACCCCUGUGCUGGAGCUACGGCCGGUGUCACCUGCUUCAGCCCUGGGGCCCGGAGCACCUGCCGGAAUGGCACCGGGCCUGGCAGAGCCAGCGCCAGGUCCAGAGCCCACCAGCCCCUGUGGGGCGAGCAUCUGGGACAUCCCAGGAGUGGUCUUGGGCCCCGAGGUGGAGCCCCAUGAGCCUUCAGAACCCAGCAGGCCUUCCCCCAGCCCCAGGAUGGGCCAGGCUAGGCGCCAUGCCUGGGAGCCCAAUGAUGUGACCAGCGUCCUCCAUGGCAGCCAGCUUUCAUCCAUCCCAGAGGGCCAAGUCCUCCACCACUUGGCCCAGGAGGAGCACCUGGGGCCCACUGUGGCAGAGCUGGAAGAACCACGGCAGACGCAGCUGGCUCCAGAGACACGGGGAGGGCCGGCUUCAUGGCUAGAGCCAGUUCAGGAGCUCCCUGAGACCCCUGUGCUGGAGCUACGGCCAGUGUCACCUGCUUCAGCCCCUGCAGAGCCGGAGGACGUCCCAGCAGUGCCCUCAGCCCCACCGCCGAGCCCUGAGCUUGAGCCCCAUGAGCCCUCGGGCACAGGGCCCAGGGCACCUGCCAGAAUGGCACCGGGCCUGGCAGAGCCAGAGCCAGCUCCAGAGUCCACCCUCCUGGCAUUCCCCCCCGCCUGGUGGCCGAGCAGCUGA